AUGGAAGCCGAUUUUACAGAAAACAAACUCAAAUACUACCAAUUCCCAGGUUAUACCUCUUACCUUCUAUCUUACUACCGCCAAGUUGCAAGUGGAAUUCUGACUGGAGUAAAGGAAGGCCUCACCUCACACUACGAUCUAAUCAAGAGUAUGGGCUCGAUACAAGACAAAUGUGAAAUAAUCAGAUUAAAUGUUUUGAAAUGUCAAAACCACUUCAAGAUAUUCACAGUCUAUAAUCCACCACAGAAUUUUCCUAACUUUGAUCUUCUUAUCAUCUCAAACGAAACGGUAGUAUUAGGAGACUUCAACGUCCAUUCCUCCAGAUGGGGCAAUAAGAAUACAAACAUAGCUGGAAAGGAAAUCGAAGACAUGCCAGCUACAAACAUAGCUGGAAAGGAAAUCGAAGACAUGCUUAACAGAAACUCUCUAGAACUUAUUCAUAUCAAUGAGGAUCAGGCUACAUAUCUGCACUAA